AUGGACAUCGUCAUGGGCGUCGUCAUGGGCGUCGUCAUGGGCGUCGUCAUGGGCGUCAUCAUUCCCGGCCGCUCGCCCAUCUCCUUCGACCAUGAGAUCGUCAUGAUGAACCACGUUUACAAGGAGAGGUUCCCCAAGGCGACGGCUCAAAUGGAGGAGCGUCUGGCCGAUCUGCUCUGCUCCUCGACCCCGGAUAAAGUGUGCCCGCUGGCCGACGGGGUCCUGAGCUUCAUCCACCACCAGCUGAUCGAGCUGUCCAGAGACUGCCUGGAGAAAAGCCGAGAGGGCCUCAUCACCUCGCGCUACUUCUACGAGCUGCAGGAGAAUCUGGAGAAGCUGCUGCAAGAUGCUCACGAGCGUUCGGAGAGCGUCGAGGUCACCUUCGUCAUGCAGCUCGUCAAGAAGCUGAUGAUCAUCAUCGCUCGGCCGGCUCGUCUGCUCGAGUGUCUGGAGUUUGACCCAGAGGAGUUUUACCACUUGUUGGAAGCAGCAGAGGGUCAUGCUAAAGAAGGCCAAGGCAUCAAGUGUGACAUCCCUCGAUACAUCAUCAGCCAGCUGGGCCUCACCAGGGAUCCCCUGGAGGAAAUGGCCCAGCUGAGCAGCUACGACAGCGGAAACCCAGAAACCCCCGAAACCGACGACUCAGUGGACAGUCGAGGAACGAGCGUGCCAGCUGUUCCUCCUCAGACUAAAACUAAAACACCUCGAGAGGAAGACUUCGAGAACAUCAAGCUCAUCAGCAACGGAGCCUACGGCGCGGUGUUCCUGGUGCGUCACAAAGAGACCCGCCAGCGUUUCGCCAUGAAGAAGAUCAACAAGCAGAACCUGAUCCUGAGGAACCAGAUCCAGCAGGCCUUCGUAGAGCGGGACAUCCUCACCUUCGCUGAGAACCCGUUCGUGGUCUCCAUGUUCUGCUCCUUCGAGACCCGGAGGCAUCUCUGCAUGGUGAUGGAGUACGUGGAGGGAGGAGACUGUGCCACCCUGCUGAAGAACAUCGGAGCUCUGCCGGUAGAUAUGGCUCGUAUGUACUUUGCAGAAACCGUCCUGGCGCUGGAAUAUCUUCACAACUACGGCAUUGUGCACCGAGACCUCAAACCUGACAAUCUUCUGAUCACAUCCAUGGGACACAUCAAGCUGACGGACUUCGGUCUCUCUAAGAUCGGUUUGAUGAGUCUGACCACGAACUUAUACGAAGGACACAUCGAGAAAGACACCAGAGAGUUUCUGGAUAAACAGGUGUGUGGUACUCCGGAGUACAUCGCCCCCGAGGUGAUUCUGCGUCAGGGCUACGGCAAGCCGGUGGACUGGUGGGCGAUGGGAGUCAUCCUGUACGAGUUCCUGGUGGGCUGCGCUCCGUUCUUCGGAGACACACCUGAGGAACUGUUCGGUCAGGUGAUCAGCGAUGAGAUCAUCUGGCCCGAGGAAGAUGAAGCUCUUCCUCACGAAGCUCAAGAUCUGAUCUGCAAACUGCUGAGACAGAAUCCACUGGAGAGACUAGGCACAGGAAGUGCGUUUGAGGUGAAGCAGCACUCGUUCUUCACAGAGCUCGACUGGAACAGCUUGCUGAGACAGAAAGCCGAGUUCAUCCCACAGCUGGAGUCAGAGGACGACACCAGUUACUUCGACACCCGUUCGGACCGCUACCACCACUUGGACUCGGAGGAGGAAGACGACACAAAUGAUGAAGAACACGUGGAGAUAAGACAGUUCUCUUCCUGCUCGCCUCGUUUCAGUAAGGUUUACAGCAGCAUGGAGCGUCUGUCCCUCCACGAGGAGAAGAGAACUCCUCCUCCAACCAAACGCAGCCUCAGUGAGGAAGGAGGAGACCGCAUGGACAGUCUGAGCGGACUCAAGUCCAGAGACCGAUCCUGGAUGGUGGGAUCCCCCGAAAUUCUGAGGAAGCGUCUGUCCGUUUCGGAGUCGUCCCACACAGAGAGCGACUCCAGUCCUCCUCUGACGGUCCGCAGACGCUGCUGCUCAGCCAUCAUCGAGAUGCCUCGCUUCGCCAUCUCCUCCGAGGAAGAAGGGCAGCCGGCAGCCGGUAAGAGUCCCAGCCUGCUGGGUCUGAGCGCGGUGAGAGGCCCACGCAGUGAAGAGCUCCCACUGGCCAUCCCAGAGCUCCCAGUAGAGAGAGAGCUGAAACUGGACGAGUCUCCAACGCCGAGCUCCACAUCCAGCCAGCAGAGCAAAGCCACGCUCACACCUGGUAGCUCAGGUGACGUGUGUGACCGCGGUAACGGUACGACAGGCGGAGCAUCUAAACCCUCCGCCUCCUCAGCAGCAGCAGCAGCAGCAGCAGACAGCGACUCUCCGUCCACGCCCAAGGCCAUCAGCGACCUGGCGGCUCGACGCGCUCGCCACCGGCUGCUGUCUGGAGACGCAGACAAACACACGACCACGCAGAGCUCCAGACCGCUCAACAAAGUCAUCAAGUCAGCCUCCGCCACCACGCUGUCACUCAUGAUCCCUGCAGAUCACCACGGAGCCUCCCCAUUGGCCAGCCCGAUGUCUCCUCACUCCCUGUCGUCCAACCCGUCGUCUCGGGACUCGUCUCCGAGCCGCGACCUCAGUCCGGCCGUGACGAGCGUGAAGCCGGCCAUCAUCAUCCACAGAGCGGGAAAGAAGUACGGCUUCACUCUGAGAGCCAUCCGAGUUUACAUGGGAGACUCUGACAUCUACACGGUGCAUCACAUGGUCUGGCAUGUGGAGGAGGGCGGUCCGGCCCACGAUGCCGGUCUGAGGGAAGGAGACCUGAUCACUCACGUUAACGGAGAGCCGGUUCACGGUCUGGUUCACACUGAGGUGGUGGAGCUCAUCCUGAAGAGCGGAGCUAAGGUGUCGAUCGCUGCCACGCCGUUCGAGAACACGUCCAUUAAGAUCGGACCAGCGAGGAAGACGGGACAUAAAUCCAAGAUGGCGAGACGCAACAAGAAGACCAAGACCAAGGAGGGACAGGACAGUAAGAAGAAAACGUCUCUGUUCAGGAAGAUCACCAAACAAGCGUCUCUGCUUCACACCAGCCGGAGUCUCUCCUCUCUGAACCGCUCCCUCUCUUCUGGAGAGAGCGGCCCCGGCUCCCCCACACACAACCUCUCCCCCCGCAGCCCCACGCAGGGCUACAGGUCCACACCCGACUCCACACACUCAGUCGGUGGAAACUCGUCUCAGAGCAGCUCUCCCAGCUCCAGCGUCCCGAACUCUCCGGCCAGCUCGGGUCACAUCCGACCGAGCUCCCUUCACGGCCUCGCCCCGAAGCUCCAGCGCCAGUACCGCUCCCCCCGCCGCAAAUCCGCCGGGAACAUCCCUCUCUCCCCUCUGGCCCGGACCCCCUCCCCGACUCCUCAGAGCAGCUCCCCUCAGCGCUCCCCCUCUCCCCUCCCCAGCCACGCUCUGGCCCAGGCGGCGGUGGGUCAAUCCUUCCCGGUGAAGCUCCACUCGUCGCCCCCGCUGGUGAGGCAGAUAUCCAGGCCGAAGAGCGCCGAGCCCCCUCGGUCUCCGCUCCUGAAGAGGGUUCAGUCUGCGGAGAAGCUCGCCUCCUCGCUCACCAGCUCGCCUGCAUCGACCUCUGGAGCGGCGGCAGCAGCAGCAGCAGCGGCAGCGGGGGAGAAGAAGAUGGCAGUAGGGGCGACUGUCGGGAGCCGAAAACACAGUUUGGAUAUCUCCCACUCGGAGUUUAAGAAGGAGAUUCUGCAGAGAGAGCCGAGCCUGCAGAGCCUUCAGGAAUCAGCCAGCGAGGGUCUUCUGUCCUCAGCGGGUCGCGGCGUAGAGAAGGGCAGUCUGCAGAAACACUCGUCUUCAUCCAGGAAGUUAGGUCGUCAGGAAGGCGACGGCUCCCUCGGCUCCGUGUCCGGCUCGCUGGGUCUUGCCCCCGGAAAGAGCAAGCUGAAGGACAAGCUGUCGGCCAUCCGCCAGGACCGGGCCGAGCGGCGGGAGUCUCUGCAGAAGCAAGACGCCAUCCACGAGGUCGACUCCUCCGAGGACGAGACGGACGAGGGCUCCGAGGACAGCCAGGACGGACGCAGGGGGGCGACUUUCACCCCUCCUCCUUUACUGAGGCCUACGACAGUGAGGACGGGACCUGGAGGCACGCUGCCGUCCCUCUGCCUGUCCCCCUGCACUCCUCACGCCACCUUCAGCCACACGGGGGCGUCGCAGAUCGGCAGGCCCACUCCCUCGCACACGCUCCCCUCGGUCGCUGAAACCAAACCUGGGCAGAGCUCCUCCUCUUCCUCCUCUGCAGGGGUGAAAGACGGGAGCUUGGAAAACGGCGUAAGACAAGAGAGGAAAGUUCUGGAGCCGAGCGUCCCCCCUAAACCCUCUCAGGGCCCCCUACCCUUCUCCACUCCAGGCAGUGCGUUCAUCUCAGUCAGCAAGGACACCUUCCUCAAGCCGAACCCUCCGCAGGAUUUAAAGACCCUCAGGGGGAAGACCUGUGCACCGGAGCCGAAAGCAGAAGCGGACAGCUCUAAAACGACCACUCCCACCUCCACCACUUCGUCUACUACAGACUCCCAAAGCGCCACGACUACACCAGAGACCCCCCGCACUUCCUGUUCCUCUCCAGGAAUCCCCAAAGAGAAGAAAGAGGCAGAUAACCGCCGGCUGUGUGCCGCCGCCGCCGCCAGUCUGACCACAUCUCCUGGAUCUUCCUCUCCUGGAUCCAGCUCUGGUUCAAGCUCCGCUCAAGCUCCACCAGCAGCUGAGAGCUCCACCAGCGGCGUGGAUAAAGUCGUUUCCCAGCUCGCCACGGUGGCUAAAAGCGUCCUGGGUCCCGUUAAGCUCUGCGGUCCUGCGGAGAAGACGUCAAAAGAGCAGAAACCAUCCAGAAGUGGAACACCAGAAGUCCCUCCAGCUGACCCGCUCUCGUUCCCCGCCAGGCAGGUCUCAACGCCUCAGCCUCAGUCUCCUCAGCUUUCAGAGCCGCCGAGCAGACAGAAAAGCCCGUCACCGUCUGCACCGACACGACCGGCCAGAUCUCCGGCGGCUCCAGAAAGAACCACGUCUGGAUCUGCAGGUGGAGAAAGCGCCGCCACAUCUGUACCUGGGUCAACAUCUGCAUCUGCAUCUGCACAGCGGCUCGUCGUAGCAGCCGCUCAGCCUGCAGCAGUCAACUCCAGCCACGCCUCCUCCUCCUCCUCCUCCUCCUCCUCCUCCUCUGCUGCAGCAUCUGAGCCCCAACGCAAGAGGUCCGAACCCCAGACGUCAACUUCAACAACCGCCGCCUCCACCUCCGCCUCUUCCUCCGCCUCCUCGCAACAAGAUAAAACAACCAGCAAGAAGACGUAG